ACCACUUUGAGUAAUAUACAGCAAAGGAGACACUUUUUUUAAUGAGCAAUUAAUAUGUUAAGUUGGUGCAGUCUGAUUUUGCUUGGAUUCUUCAGAUCAGAAAUCUUUAAGGAAAAUUUCUGUGCAAAGGCUAUUGAUAAUAAGUGGGUUUUAUUUCUUUUUAACAAAUAGUACAUAGAAUUUCGACUUUUGGAAGAUCUUGGAUAUGAAUGCAUCUGAAGGCUAUCUUCAGGACAGAUGCUGGAGGGUGUCUAGGGGCAUGGAAGGAACAAGUCAGGUAGGAAAAUGACUCCAAAGAUGACAACAGAGCUGCUUCGUCAGCUUCGGCAGGCAAUGAGAAGCUCCAAAUAUGUUUCAGAGGCAAUCCAGGCAUACAUUGUUCCCUCAGGAGAUGCACAUCAGAGUGAGUACAUUGCACCUUGUGACUGCCGAAGAGAAUUCAUCUGUGGAUUUGAUGGCUCAGCAGGAACUGCCAUUAUAACAGAAAAUGAUGCGGCCAUGUGGACAGAUGGACGCUAUUUUCUCCAGGCUGCCCAACAAAUGGAUAACAACUGGACACUCAUGAAGAUGGGUCUGAAAGACACCCCCACACAGGAGGACUGGCUUUUAAGUGUACUCCCAGAGGCUUCCAGAGUUGGAGUAGAUCCAUUUAUUAUUCCAGCAGAUCAAUGGAAGAGGAUGUCCAAAGUUCUGAAAAGUGCUGGCCAUUCUCUGGUGCCAGUCAAAGACAAUCUGAUUGAUGCUAUAUGGGAGGAUCAACUGCAACGGCCUUGCAAACCCCUGAUGACGUUGGACCUGAGCUACACAGGAAUCAGCUGGAAAGACAAGAUCACUGCUCUGCGGGCGAAGAUGGCUGAGCGGAAGGCUGUCUGGUUUGUGGUAACAGCCUUGGAUGAAGUGGCUUGGCUGUUUAAUCUCAGAGGCUCUGAUGUUGAAUACAAUCCAGUGUUUUUUGCUUAUGCCAUCAUAGGGACCAAUACAAUAAGGUUGUUUAUUGAUGGUGAUCGUAUGGCAGACCCAGAAGUGAGAGCACACCUGUUGCUGGAUUCUGCUCAGGAUGCGGAGUCGAGCAUCCAAGUGCUGCCAUAUGACUCUGUCCUGACGGUUCUGAAGUCUCUCUGCAAUACCCUGUCUCCUCAUGAGAAAGUUUGGCUUAGUGACAAAGCCAGCUAUGCCCUGACCCAGGCGGUCCCCAAGGCUCACCGCUACCUCACCCCUUAUACUCCCAUCUGCAUAGCAAAAGCUGUGAAGAAUGCAUCUGAAGCGGAAGGCAUGAGGAAGGCUCAUAUUAAGGAUGCUGUCGCUCUGUGUGAACUGUUUAAUUGGCUGGAGAAAGAGGUCUCGAAAGGCAGUAUUACUGAAAUAACUGUUGCAGAUAAAGCAGAGGAGUUUCGUAGCCAGCAAGAGAACUUCAUUGACUUGAGCUUUGCUACUAUUUCAAGUACGGGCCCAAAUGGUGCUAUUAUUCACUACAAGCCUUCUCCUGAGACAAAUAGGACUUUAUCCCUGCAUGAGAUCUACCUCUUGGAUUCUGGUGCUCAGUACAAGGAUGGAACCACCGAUGUGACAAGGACUAUGCAUUUUGGCACUCCAUCAGAUUAUGAAAAGGAGUGUUUUACCUAUGUGCUGAAGGGCCACAUAGCUGUCAGUGCAGCAGUGUUCCCAAAUGGAACCAAAGGUCACCUCUUGGACUCCUUUGCCCGGUCUGCCCUCUGGGAUCAAGGCUUAGAUUACCUGCAUGGUACAGGACAUGGAGUUGGUGCUUUCCUCAAUGUCCAUGAAGGUCCUUGUGGCAUUAGCUAUAAAACCUUUGCAGAUGAACCCCUGGAAGCUGGAAUGAUUGUUUCUGAUGAACCUGGUUAUUAUGAGGAUGGUUCUUUUGGGAUCCGAAUAGAAAACGUUGUCAUUGUUGUUCCUGCUAAAACUAAGUAUAACUUCAGCAACAGAGGAAGUUUGACUUUUGAACCUUUGACCUUGGUUCCAAUACAGACCAAAAUGAUACAUGUUCCUUUGCUGACUCAGAAAGAGUGCGACUGGGUGAAUGACUACCACAGAAGAUGCAGAGAGGUGAUCGGGGCAGAACUGGAACAGCAAGGACGGCAUGAAGCUCUCCAGUGGCUCAUUAGGGAAACUGAGCCAAUCUCCAGAAUGCAUUAACAGCAGCACUUGGGUGGCUUUUUAAACAAUUCCUUUUUAAAAAUUGUAAGCAUAGGAUUGGUUCAGCUUUACAAUAUUAUAUUUGGCACCACAAUGCCUGAGGAAGGUGUGGGGCAGAGGAAAAUGUGAAAAUCUUUUCAUAAUGAUCAGGAGAAACAGAAGAGAAAGCUGGGACAGGGUGGAAGUUGAUUGUGAGGAGGGUUCCCCCCCUCAAGAUCCCUCUUUUCUCUCUCAUUAAUGAACAAGAAUAAAAUCAAAACUGCAAUAUCUGCAUCUUUAUGACAGCCUUCCUUGACCUGGCAUCCUUCAGAUGUUUUGGACUACAUUUUGGACUACAGUUCCCAUCACCUCCAGUCAGCAUGACCAGGUUGGGGAAAGCAGUGUUUGGGACUGAGAAUGGGAAGAUCACAUGAUUACUGAGUUCAGACAGCAUGAUAAUUCACACUCGGUGCUUGAGUAUGGGUUGUUAAUUAAGUGUGGGUUGUUGUUGGAGCAUAACACCAAAAUAACAAACCAUGGUGAACAACCCACAGUUCAUACCCCAAAAAGAGAUAAUGAGUUCUUUUAAUGGGUUGCAUGUGGUUGUCAAGCAAAGGCUUAUUAGCACAACUGGGUCCAGAUAACACAGUAACCCACAUUUGAUUGUAAAACCGCACUCAGCCUUUACUCAGUCCUUGAAUGUGGGUCAUCUGAAAUCAGUUGCUGGUUCAGGUGGUUAGAUGCCAUUGUUUUAUGCCAACUCCAUGCCUGACCAAACUAGCAGGGAGUGACAGAACCUGCCACAAUGUAAGCUGAUGAUCUGUGACAAUCCUGCCAAGUGCUAAAGGAAGAAUAUUAUUUUUCAUGGGGUUCAAAUGUAUUGUAAAAUAGUCAUCUGUGUGGGACCUAGGUGUUCCAGAAAUGAUAUUCAUCAUGAACAUGUACUGAGUGGUUUUGGAGACUUGCUUUUCUGCAUACCACCCUUGUCAGAAAUACAGCUGAGUUCACAUGGGCAUGUUUAUUAUUUGGUAAUGGCAUGAAGUGAAACCUAACCCCUCUGAAACAUCUGCCAUGCAUCAAAUACCACAUAUUGUUCUGUGCAUGUUUACGCUGAAUAUUCAAUGGGUCUUACUCCCAGCCACAGCCAAUUACAUUCAGACCACCUCAUCUUAUCCACAUUCCCCAACUGGAAUAAAAUAAUUUUCAAGGGAUGCAGUUCACAAGUGCAGCUGCAUGUCUGUGAGCAAUAAGUCAUGGAAAGUGGUACUUACUACUGUGCACUUGCUCUGACUUUCAGAUUUGUAAGUCGCUUCUUGUGAAACCAUUUUGGACAUACCUAUGAAUACCUGCCUUAUUAAAGCGUGCAAUGCAACACAACAGGAUCCCAAAGGGGGUGUAUGUGUACUUUUCCAACCACCUUUUGAGAGUCUGAGCUACUGAAUGCCUGUGUUAAGCAAACACGCGUGCUUGAGUUGGAAAAAUGUGAUGUAUGAAGGGUCUUAAGUAGCUUUUACCUAGCUUGACCCUUGUCCCCUCCUUCUGUUUUUAAUUUCCUCUGAAGUAAAUGUUCCAAGGGCAAGUAAAUGUCAUGCUUUUGUAUUUAGUCCUACAAAUUUUGAUAAAUGAGGGAUGGCAGGCACCACUCCACAUUCCUGUAAUUGGAGCAGGCUAUGGCAUCUUUGCCAAAUUUGAAUACAUUCUGCCUGCAAGAAAACAAGAGGGAGGCGGGUCUGCUGAACUGAGCUUCCUCUAAACAAAAUUAACCUUCCUACAAAGUUACUUUGAAAGGGAUAGAGCACCUAACAGCUUAUACUGGCUUGUGGGGAGGGGAGAAAUACAGGUUGUCUGUCAGGUCAGACUGGUAGUAGCUUUCCAGGGUCUCUGGCACAGGAUUUUCUGCUCUCUGCUCCUUUCCAUAAGAAGGGCCAGAGAUUGAACCAGGACACCUAAAGCACAAUCCAUGGAUGGUGGCCUUUACCUGCAUUGAAGAAGGUACCUACUGUAAGGGGACUAUCCCUUUGCAGGGGAAGAGUUAAGACCAGAGGAAGAAUAACUUUUCUUGGGUUACUUGACCACCCUUCCCUGUGACUUAGCUGUGACAAGUUGGCAGUAUCCUUAACUGCAAGAAAUGGAUGUGUUGGGAAUUAGGCUUGGGAGAGUAUGCACAGACAAUACACAUCUUUUGACUUCCUGAAUUCUCCCAUCCAGUUCACAGGGAAGGUAAAACAGUGCUGUUCCAUGCUGUACCCAAAGCUCUUACACAGUUUGUAGGAACUCCAUUCUUGUGUUUAAAGGUUUGGGACUGCCUGCGUAGCUCUGUAAGAGAGCCAAACCUGAGCAGCUUGGGUGUGUGCACGUGUGUCUACAAUAUGUAACAAUGGAAGUGGGAGAUGUGUUUUCAUCAAGUGAUGAUAUCAUUCAAAAGGCACUGCAACACUGCAUCCCCAGUUGGAAGAUCAGAUAGAGGCUGUGAUAGUGAUGACUCUGUCUCAGUGCUCUUAAAGUGAGGUGGAAAUAUUCUUUUCCUGCAUGCUACAGUGCUUGAAAAUUGGUAUCUUCUGUCCUCUCAGGUCUUAAAUGAUCCCUGAGCAUGGUGUGCUAGGCAAUCAGAUGUCUAAAGUUUGGGACAGGAGAAAGGCUGCCUCCCUUCCAAGGCUAGCCAGAAAAAUGCUAAUAAUGAAGGCUUUUCAGCUCUGAAUUUAUACUCAAGUACAAUGCACACAAAUUUAUAUGAACAAGAGGGUAAUAAAAUAACCAGGGACAAAUGCAUCCGGAUAAGCUAGCUAGACUGUCCCUAUUUUCUUCAGUGCUUUUCUUGGUAACAUCUCAUUAUAAUGGUUGCAUCACUCAAUUCUGUACUCACAGCAGCUUUGUUUGCUUCAGAACUCUGGAAUUCUUCUUCUCAAAUUCCAUGUUCUUUUCUUUUUGAACCUGCUCUCUUUGAAUUUUGCCCAUUUGCCUUAGAUUUUUGCAUCUUUAAAGUAGCCUGUUCCCACCUUUCUCUUUCAAAUGUUGUACAUUCCUAUCCCUGAGUCAUUCAUCUGACAUGUUGGAUUUUCUACAGUUCCACUUAUUUUUUUCUUUUGCAGGCAUUCUUACUCCUAUAUCCAAAUAAAACCAUUUUCAGAACUCA